UCGUUCAGUGCUCGGGCAACUUCCUAGCGCGUCGGUCGGUCGGUGAGAGCAAGCGCCAGCAAAAUUUCUUCACUUCUGCCAGCUUCACUUCAGAAACGGCAAAAAAACGAGCGAAUUGCCGUUAGACGUUUAUCGUUUACCGUUUGUCGUUCGACGUUCACAGUUUGUCGUUAGCCGUUAAUCGCUUCUACGGCGACCGUUACGAAAAGGUUUUCAAAAACGUUGCAAAAUGUUUGAAAAUUAAUUUUGAUAUUAUCAAAACAUAACAGAGAAAUGAGAGGAUAGAGAGAAGUGUGCUAAAGGGAAUUAGUAACAAGUGUUGCAAACGUUGCAAAGUCUCACAGUUUAAAAUAUAUAAUUUUUUUGAGUGUUUUUUCAAAGUGUUUUUUUUUUUUUCCAAAAAUUAUUUAACGUUGCAAGUGAACAGAAAAACAAGUGUUGGAAAAAUUUGUAGUUUCUCUGUGGCAUUCACGCAAAAGCGAGCGAGCGCAGCGACCGUCAUUACAGUGAAGCAAUGCUAAUGGGAACUAGUACAUCAGGCUUAUGAUGAUGAUAAUGGUGGCCCCACAUAACGGCGACCAAAGCGCCAACAGCAUUCGCAAUCGAAGCAAACUGAAUUGCAGCGAGAACUUCAACUUCCAGAAGCACAGUUGGAAGGAGCAACAACAACAUUCACAACAACAACAACAGCAACAGUCACAACAACAACAACAACAGCCCCAAGCUCAGCCACAGCGACAGCAACAGCGACAAUUAGAGACCAUUAGCCAAAGGCAGACCAAUCAAUCUAUAUUUAGACAGAAGCUGGCGCAUUUUCAAUUUGCCGAUGUGGGCGUAGGCGUGGGCGUUGGCGUUGGCGUGGGCGUAGGCGUGGCCGUGGCCAAUGGAGGCUGCAGGCGACUGCAGCUGUUGCUGCUGUUAUUGAUUUGCAAUUGCAUUGAUAAUUCCGUUUCAAACAAAAUCUCCUCAGUGGGCGCCUUCGAGCCGGACUUUGUCAUACCGCUGGAGAACGUGACCAUCGCCCAGGGCCGGGACGCGACCUUCACGUGUGUUGUCAACAAUUUGGGCGGUCAUCGGGUGAGUGGUGACGGUGCGUCAGUUCCAGCCAAGGUCGCCUGGAUUAAGGCCGACGCCAAGGCAAUUCUGGCAAUACACGAGCAUGUGAUCACGAACAAUGAUCGAUUAUCGGUGACUCACAACGACUACAACACCUGGACACUGAACAUACGGGGCGUUAAGAUGGAGGAUGCUGGCAAGUAUAUGUGCCAGGUCAACACAGAUCCCAUGAAAAUGCAAACAGCCACCCUGGAGGUGGUCAUACCACCGGAUAUAAUAAACGAGGAGACCUCCGGCGACAUGAUGGUACCGGAAGGUGGCUCUGCGAAGCUCGUGUGUCGCGCACGCGGCCAUCCCAAGCCGAAGAUCACCUGGCGGCGCGAAGAUGGACGCGAGAUAAUCGCACGCAAUGGCGUCCAUCAGAAGACCAAAGCCAUACUGGUGGAGGGCGAAAUGCUGACGCUGUCGAAAGUCACGCGAUCGGAAAUGGGCGCCUAUAUGUGCAUCGCCUCCAACGGAGUGCCACCAACUGUGAGCAAGCGCAUGAAGCUACAGGUGCACUUUCAUCCGCUGGUUCAAGUGCCAAACCAAUUGGUUGGCGCCCCGGUUCUAACGGAUGUCACAUUAAUUUGCAACGUGGAGGCAUCACCGAAGGCCAUCAAUUACUGGCAGCGCGAGAACGGCGAAAUGAUUAUAGCCGGCGAUCGGUAUGCCCUCACCGAGAAGGAGAACAACAUGUACGCCAUCGAGAUGAUUCUUCACAUUCGACGGUUGCAGUCGACCGACUUUGGCGGCUACAAGUGCAUCUCGAAGAACAGCAUUGGCGACACCGAAGGCACCAUACGACUAUACGAAAUGGAACGUCCUGGCAAAAAGGCGCAGCGCGAAGAGGAUCUCAACGAAGUGACGAAGAACGAGGUGGUGCUCAAGGAGAACCGCCACGAGGAUGGCUCGCGCAAUCAGAACGGUCGCCUCUACAAGGACCGCAGCCAGGACGCCGACAUGGGCAGCGGGGGUGCGGCCAAGGCGCGCCAGCUAAUAAAGCCAUUUCUAUUGGCACUAUUUGUAUUAUUAACAGCCAAUGUGUGCUGCUGCUGCUGCUGCUGCUCUCUGGCAAAUGGCAGUGGGCCAGGGCCAAGGGGGCAGGGCAAUGGCUCGACUCGAGUCGCAGCGCCAACAGUGACAACAACAAGGACAAUGGCUGCAGCGAACGGCGUCGGCGACGGCAGCUGCAAAGCUCGUUUCAUAUUAUAGCUUAAUUAAAUUGUAAUUAUAAGAAUGCGCUGGCAACAACAAAAGACGACAACACACACGCAUGGCC